AUGUCUUCAGCCGAUCAGAACGUUGGUGCCAUCAUCAGCCUCACACCUCCUGAUGAGGGUGACAACAUCUGGGAGGCCAAGCAGGUUGAUAUUGCCCGCUCCCUUCCUCCUGGAGAUAUCCAAGGCCGCCAGAGCAUCGACUGGAGCUUUGGCCCCAUCAAGAUCACAGGAUAUGUCGACACCAACACCUUUGAGAUUGGAGUUAGCAUCAGCAUUGUUGGAAUCAAUGUUGGUAACAUCUUUGGAAAUCUCAAGGACGGUGUCGGCCUCAAGGUCAAUUUGUUUGUUGCCAAGGGUGAAAUUCGAAUCUAUUUGAAGAAUGGCAACGAGAUUUGGGUUCACCUUGAUAUCAAGGUCACCUUUGAUGGAUCUUUUGAGGGAGACUACAAGAUUUUGUCUAUCUAG